AUGGUAUCAUUCAGCUGUGAGAAUUGCGGAGACGUCCUGACGAAGAAAAAACUUGACCCUCAUCGAAAUCAAUGUCGCGGGGCAUCAUAUACUUGCCUGGAUUGCAUGGUACAUUUUCAGGGCCUAGAAUAUCGCUCGCAUACGAGCUGUAUGAGCGAGGCGCAAAAAUACCAAGGCGCGCUAUACAGAGGAGAGGGUAAAGGAAAGAAAGGAAAGCAACAAAACAAUCAAAAGAAUAAUUCGCAUAAUAAUUCUCAAUCCGCACCCGCCCACAACGCAUACGUCGAAGAUGCGCAAGACGAGUACGACAAUUCGCAACAAGCUACCGCCCCGGUACCAGAAGCUGCCCCCUCAACGCCAGCACCCGUCAAUGUAUUUGAUUUCCUCGUGGAUCCAACACCCAAUGCGUCGCGAUUAGAUCUCCCCGCAGCUGAUGAGAUCAUGAACGAUUCUGAGCCUGAGCAACAAGUUCGUGAUGAGCCCAUGAGCGAUGAUGCAGAUAGUUCCGAAGUAGAGGGGAAACCUUCCACGGAUCUCGUACGAGUGAACGCAGCAGACAGUCCAAGUCUUACCAAUCUCGUCGAAUGGGGUUCUGGACCAGUACCUACCAACGGACCUUUCGAAACACCGGCGCCAAAAGCGAUUGAGUGGAAACCAACCAAGGAACAUGAGGGAAAAUCGAAAAAGGAUAAGAAGGAUGAGAAGAAGAAAGACAAGAAGCGCAAACGCUUACAUGUUGACACAUCGUCCCGCGAAGGCGACGUCCAAAUGAAUGAUGCGCCACCAGUUCUACAUUCAGGAUUGACUGCUGAAAUUGGCAAGCUUCAGACCCGUCCUUCAGUCUUCCCUCCAUCGCCAGAUUAUUCCGGUGCCGAUGCUGAGAAGGAAUCGCCUAGCGCAAGACCCAAGAAGACCAAGGAAUCCAAACGCGCCAGCCGUGCUCGCACUCGUAAUGACACAUUCGGUAGCAAUUUGAUGUCAUUGAUCACCACUCGCCAACCUUCCCGCGAGCACUCGGAAGAUCGACCUAAGAAACGUAAGCACAAGCAUCGUACCAAGUCCUCUGAAAGACCUAAGAUGCUCGAAUACAAACCGAUGAACGGCGCUGGUGAUUCUUCCCCUGGCGAAAACCAAAUGGUCGUCUACAAACCCCGCGCAGAACUUCUCAUGAGCAUGGUGAACAAGGGUCCCAAUAGCGAGAAGGGUGUUUCGAUGAAUAAAGCAUUGAAGAGAUAUCAUCGCGAGAGAACGGCCGCGGGAUUAGCGCUUGGAAAGGGAGAUGAGGAGAAGGAGCUCUGGAGGAGUUUGAGAAUGAAGAAGAAUGAUAGAGGAGAGAUCGUCUUGUUUAUGUGA